GGUUUUUAUUGAUUUCCAUGAUCGCAACCUCGCGUUUCUUGCUUCGAAAUCCCUCCGCCUUCUUCGCCUCUCUCCGCCACCGCUAGGCCAUGAACACUGUGAAGAAAUCCGCCGUCCUCUACCACUACCCUUGCCCAGAUGGAGCCUUCGCCGCCCUCGCUGCUCAUCUCUACUUCUCCUCCACGUCGCUCCCUGUCCUCUACUUCCCCAACACCGUUUACGAUCCUAUCAGAGUUGAUAGUCUUCCUUUGGAUGAUAUUGGUGAUGUCUUUCUGCUUGAUUUUGUUGGGCCUCCUGGGCUUGUCGCUGAACUAUCCUCCAAAGUGGAUAGUGUGACGAUUUUAGAUCAUCACAAAACUGCUCUAGAAGCCCUUCAUGGAAAUGCGUCACUGAAUGAGAAUGUGACUAAGAUCAUAGACAUGGACCGGAGUGGAGCCACCAUUGCGUUUGACUUCUUUAGGGAGAAAAUUCGUGAAAAUGCUCAUGGAUUAAAAAUUGAAGGAGACCUUGAUGCUUCAUGUGAGUUUGACCUUGUUCCCAAUGGGAAGUUUGAAAAGGUUAAUCGUCUUUUUAAAUUUAUCGAAGAUGGAGAUUUGUGGAGGUGGAAGCUUCCGCAUAGCAAAGCUUUCAGCAGUGGCUUAAAUGAUUUGAACAUAGAAUACAACGUCAAUCGGAAUCCAGCUUUAUUCAAUCAGUUGUUAGAUUUAGAUCCGGAGCUUACUAUUUCUUGUGGCCAAGAGUCCUUGUCAAAAAAGCAGAGGUUAAUUGAUGAAGUUCUUGCACAGUCAUAUGAAAUUGCCCUGGCCUGUGGAGAGUUUGGGCAUUGUCUGGCUGUUGAUGCUGAUUCUAUUUCCAACCUGAGGAGUGAACUUGGAAAUCAGCUAGCUGAGAAAAGUCUUAAUCUAAGCCUGAGGGCCGUUGGUGCUGUUGUAUACAGAGUUCCUGAACUCAAAAAUAAUCAGCUGCUGAAAAUAAGCCUCAGAAGUUUGGGCUCAGAGGACACAACUAUUAUUUCUAAGAAAUAUGGAGGUGGUGGGCAUCAAAAUGCAAGUUCAUUCAUGUUAAGUUGCGAAGAGUAUGAGAGGUGGAAGGUGAAGUAGCAAAGGUGAGGAAGAAACACAGCUCCAAAAACUUUGAUGUGUAUUUAGCAUCACAAAGAAGUUUACAAGAGAUAAUUUAUGGUAAUUACUCGUCAACCUGGCCUAUUUCAAUCCCUGGUUUAAGUUAUUAGGCCUUUCUUCACAUUUCUUCACAUUUCUUCACACAUGUAAGUUAUCAUUUACUCUGCUAAAUUAUGCGUCGUAUCGAAGAAGUUUACAAGAGAUAAUUUAUGGUAAUUCCUCAUCAUCCUGGUCUAUUGCAAUCCCUGGUUUAAGUUAUUAGGCCUUUCUGCACACUUGUAAGUUAUCUUUUCCUCUGCUAUAUUAUGCAUCAUGUCGUAAAUGAUCUUCCUGUAAAUUAGCAUUGCUAUCUUGGAUGAACUUCUCUUAGUGGUUGUCUAGAACUUGUUCUUAGAAUGGUUUGCCUCAAUGCUCUCUUUAUACAUUGUAAGUUUUCUCUGCUGGGAAGGCAGUUCUUUUAAAUGAUGUUUUUGGCGAA